AUGGGUAGCGCGCGCCUGCUCGACGGCCUCGUCUUCCUGCUCAUGUGCUACUUCAUGCUCAUGAACGUCACCGUCGAGCGGAGCUACUGCCACGCGCCCAUCACGCGCGAGUCGACGUGCUUCCUCUGCCAGGAGACCGUCGACUUCUGCGAGGCGAACAACCCGCUCUUCCUCGAGCGGCCGGAGUGGAUGCGCCUCGCGACGUGCUUCAGCGCGUACGGCUUCCUCCCGUUCUACGCGAUCAUCGCGCUCGCGUGCCUGACGGACGGCUGGAAGGAGAAGCGGUUUCGCGUGCCCAUCCUCCUGUUCCUGGGGGCGAAGCUGAACGCGCUCCUGUUCUACCACGCGAUGGAGUUCCUCUCGCAUGCGCCGCCGCAGAACCUCGUCGCCUACUUUGGCGUCGAGGGGCCCUACCUCGUCUCGAUCGCGCUGGCCGCCCCCGCCCUGAGCGAGUACGAGCAGCUGCGCGUGGCGAACAUCUUGCGCAACGCGGCGGAGCUCAAGCGCCUCGGCCUCGACGUCGCGGCGCACACCAUGGCGGCCCUGGGCAAGCAGGCGCCGACGGCGCGCACGCAGAAGCGCGCCGUGCGGCCCAAGGGCGCGCCGCCGACGCGGCGGUCCCUGCGCGCGGCGAAGCUGCCCGCGCCGGAGUACAAGGAGCCCACGGGGUCGGCCGCGCGCGCGCUCGACGCCGAGGUCGACGACGAGGGCCGCGUCGCCGCGCCCGGCGGCCGGCGCAAGCGGGCGAAGACGGAGGCCUACGCGCCGCCCGCGAACCCGUCGUCCAUCAAGAAUUUAGACGUCGACUUGGACGGCCUGCGCGAGCGCUACCUCGGCAAGAUCAUCCCGCCGAUGGGCGGCCAGGUGAAGCGGGCGGUCAUGGAGGCGGCGUCGGCCGGCGGGCCGCCGACGUUCAGCCGCAUGUCGGGCAUCCAGGAGUGGCGCAACUGCGUCAUGCUCUUCGUCAACGUCUACGGCGAGGGCUACAAGAACUCCUUCGUCGGCGGCGGCACGGAGAUCACGUGGUUCGCGCAGCCCCGGCAAUGGGAGGGCACGCCCGUGGUCCAGCGCUUGAUCAACUGCGACGGCGGCGUCGUCGAGGACGACGAGACCGGCGAGACGUCGACCUUCGAGGAGACGCCCGUGCUCCUCUUCUGCCGCGACGAGGGCCAGGGCUACGUCUACUGCGGCGAGCUGAGCUACCUCGGCCACGACCCGGACCGCAUCCCCAUCCGCUUCGUCUGGAAGCUCGACGACUACGACCUCAUCAAGGGCACGGCCGAGUUCAAGUCCCUCGUGGACAACUGCCACAACCUCCUCCAGUCGCCCGUGUGA